AGCCUUGGCUGAGGCAGUGUUGGGCUCCUCGGCUGGAGGAGACGCUGAGCUCAGGACACGCAUGAUGCGCUCAGGAUGCACGAGAGGCGGCGGGAUGAGGUGAGCUGAGAAACAUUGCAGUGUUUUCACCACAGGGAGCAAUCUAAUCGAUCCCUCACACACUUUAUUGAGCGCUCAGACGUUUAUGUAAGCCGUUCAGAGGAAUUACGCGUUGAGAGACGGAUUUUUAACGCCUCCGUUCAUGUGCUCGUUUUCAAACUUUAUCGUUGAGGUUUGGAUGGAUACAGAAGACGGACACUUCGCCUGACUGUAUCAACAUGUAGCAUGGGUCUUUUUUCCCCCCUCCCUAUAAAGGCAUGAUGUCUUCAGGGAAGAUCUGGUAAGACAGAUAAUGAUUCAUACUCGUCGCGCGAACAGUCCCCCCUCGUUAUCAUGAACGAUAAACCCAAUAAACUGUUGUUCAUCCCGGUCUUGGCUGUCCUUUUCGUGAUGAUUGGCUAUCAGUACAUCUGUCCAGCGGGCAGCCAGUCGUGCCAUUUGCGGAACGGCGGCGAUCCGAGAGGGCGACACGCGGCGGUAACGGAUGAGGCGCCGCACGUGGCGCGCGAGCUGGCGCAAGACGCAGCGUCCAAGUUCAACUUCAGCGAGCGCGAGCUGGCGCGCCGCGUCGACUUCGACAUGAAGGGUGACGACGUGCUGGUGUUCCUGCACAUCCAGAAGACCGGCGGCACCACAUUCGGGCGGCACUUAGUGCGCAACAUGCGCCUGGAGCGACCGUGCGACUGCCAGACGGGCCAGAAGAAGUGCGCGUGCCGGCGUCCGGGACGUGACGAGUCGUGGCUCUUUUCGCGCUUCUCCACGGGCUGGAGCUGCGGCCUGCACGCCGACUGGACCGAGCUCACUAACUGCGUGCCAGCUGUUAUGGACAAGAAGCGCGCUCCGAAGCGGAAAAAGAACUUCUAUUACAUCACCAUGCUGCGGGACCCGGUGUCACGCUAUCUGAGUGAAUGGAAGCAUGUGCAGCGCGGUGCCACUUGGAAAACAUCACUCCACAUGUGUGAUGGACGCGCACCUACCCAGGCCGAGCUACCUUCAUGUUACAGAGGCGAUGACUGGUCAGGUGUGACACUGGGAGAAUUUAUGGCGUGCCCACACAACCUGGCUAACAACCGGCAGGUACGCAUGCUUGCUGACCUGAGCCUGGUUGGCUGCUACAAUCUCUCGUCCAUGGGUGAGCACGAGCGUGGUGCGAUCUUGCUCGCCAGCGCUAUGAGCAAUCUGAAAAACAUGGCCUUCUAUGGACUGACCGAGUUCCAGCGUAAGACACAGUACCUGUUCGAGCGUACUUUUCGGCUGCACUUCAUCGCGGCGUUCACGCAGCUCAACAGUACACGGGCUGCUGGCGUGGAAUUACGUCAAGACGUGCGGCAGCACAUCGAACGCCUCAAUUUCCUGGAUGUUCAACUCUACAAGUUUGCCAAGGAGCUAUUCCUACAGAGAGUGCAGUUUGCACGCCAACAAGAGAGGCAGGAGCGGCGCUGGCAACACGAGCAGAAGGACCACCAAAGUAAAAGGCAGUGGGAAGAAAACCAUUCUGCCACCACAGAGGACUACGCCAGCCAGGUGGCACGCUGGUGAUGCUCUUUACAAAAAGGCACACUCACAGCAAAGAGCCAAGUUGUAGAUGCGGUGACCAUAUUUUCAUCACUUAUUCAUUGUUUUCUGUCCUUUUUGUGUUUGAGAUGCAGUUCUAAGUCAGCACACUGGGAGAGAUUUCCUUAAACAGUCAAGUCUGAGAAUCUGAAACACGCACACAUCUGAAAUGCAACCUCAGUAACUUGCAAUAUGGGUAAAGAUAAGGUUCUGCCCUUAAUAUGUUCCUAUACACAUCCUGGCUUCCUGAAUGACCACACAAAUGACCAAACACAGAACACACACAUUUUCUAUUCCAUUUCACUGAAGCACAGUGGAAGACCAUCCUCCUCUUUACUGUUUCUGUAUGUGGCUUUAUGAGGUGUCAUUGCACAUGAGACGUUAUUUCUGUUCUCGAUAAAUGAUCAGUUAUCACACAUGCUGAGGAUACACAACAUUUUAAGCAGGAGCCCAAAUGUAUUCAAACCAAUUUUUAAAAAGCUUAAAACAAAAAAUAUCAUCACUUAAAAAACUCUUUAUAGCAUUUAUUAAAAAAAGCUUAUAUGCAAAAUAAAAACAUAGCCUUUUUUUUAGGAUUAUUGCCACCCUUCAAAAUAAUGGACAGAAAGAUUAUAUAAACCUUACACAAUUAUUCAACUUUUGACUUUUUUUUUAUAAUACAUUCUCUUAACAUAUACAUAGAUCAGGCAUAACAUUAUGAGCACUGACAGGUGAAGUAAAAAACACUGAUUAUCUCCUCAUCAUGGCACCUGUUAGUGGGUGGGAUAUAUUAGGCAGCAAGUGAUCAUUUUGUCCACAAAGUUGAUGUGUUAGAAGCAGGAAAAAUGGACAAGUGUAAGGAUUAGAGUGAGUUUGACAAGGACCAAAUUGUGAUGGCUAGACCACUGGAUCAGAGCAUCUCCAAAACUGAAGCUCUUGUGGGGUGUUCCCGGUCUGCAGUGGUCAAUAUCUAUCCGAAGUGGUCCAAGGAAGGAACAGUGGUAAACCAGCAACAGGGUCAUGGGUGGCCAAGGCUCACUUAUGCAAGUGGGGAGUGUGGUCUAAUCCAACAGACAGGCUACUGUUGCUCAAAUUAUAGAAGUUAACGCUGGUUCUGAUAGAAAGAUGUCAGAAAACACAGUGCACGAUGGGUCAGGGCUGUUUUGGCAGCAAAAGGGAGACCAACACAAUAUUAGGUAGGUGGUUAUAAUAUAAUGUUAUGCCUGGUCAGGGUACAUGCAAAUUUAUUGUCAGGCUUGAACACUUAAAAUAAAUGCAUGAUGGAAAAAACAACCAUCUAGCUUUAAAAAAGAGACAGUUGUUUACCUGCACAAGUGUGUAAAUAAAUCUGUAUCAAGAGUAAUGUGGAAAAUGCAGUUAAAAUUCCAGUUGAAUAUGUACCAUUAACUGGCCCUUUAGGCAUACAACCCCCAAACCCCUAAAAAUAUCACACUUUCACACAUACUGUUGCACAUUUUAAUUGAAUGUUGAGGUUGUCAUGUUGUAAAAUCAGUGAAUAAUCAGUUUAUAAUUACAAAAAAAGUUGAGAACAAACCAGAACGUUUUGGUCUGGCACAUCAUUAGCAAAAAAAAUAAAAAUAAAUAAAAUAAAUAAAUAAAUAAAACACACCGGACUUCAUACAAAGAAGAGUUUAUAUGCUGUCUGUAAAAUUCUUCUUGUUCUUCUUUUAUUCUACUGAAUACCAGGAAAGAUUGAAACUAAGAAUUUCUUGCCUGGACACAGACAAGUCUUUUCUCAAACACCCACCAUUAACACAGAAUUGGUUGUGGUUGGGGAUAAAAAAGACCCAGUGUAUUUCAGCCCUACUGAAGCUUUGUGGUCUUAAUUAAAGAGAGCAUUCCUAUGCAUAGAUCUAUAAAUAUAAAGGGGAUUCUUCAUGCAGUACUGUUCCAAAAUCCCAUACAUGUAUCUCCAAUCCUUUAUAUACAUCAGAGACUUGGCUUAUUGUUAGUCAUUUUUAUCUAGGGGGUCAUCAUCAUUAAUUAUAGGAGUGUUGAUCAUUUCCAAAUGAGCUAUAGUAGAAAAAAAUAUAUUGUUUGAAUACAAUCAAACAUUAAACUGGCUUUAACAUGACUUUCGCAACAGGAGUUAACUCAAAUGCUUAUGGAUGUAUCAUAGUAUCAAAGACUGCAAAGUCCUCUGGGACAAGACGAGUAAAAAUGAUUCACUUACUCCUACUUUCCCCAUGACAAUUUAAACAAAAUUCAAGAAUGUUCAGGUUCAGGAUUAUUUGGAAUUUUUCACCUGAAAUGUAGUAAGCUGCUUCUGAGUUAUGUUUUCAAGGUGCUCAAUUUAUUGUAAACAACACAAGACACCUAAAAUGGAUUCUUGCAUAUAUUUCAGGAAUUUAAGGCCUGAAAGUCCUUAUUGACUUUAACCAGACUGAACAAAUGCUGAGAAAGUGAAUGUGCUAUAAUAAGGAAUGGAAAGUACUUGAUGUAAGAGAGACUUCUCCCACCUCCUCCUGUCUGUCACUUAGUGAGUUUACAGAUUUACAGGGAGCACGAAGAAGACUCAGAGUGAAUUAUCAGUGUUAGAACGAUACCAGUCAUACAGUCACAUACAGAACAAGAUCACACCCUAGUCUUUAGCUCUGCAUUCACUAACAGAAGUGUAUAUUUACACUUUCUCUGUAAUGGACCUCAUCGUUUUGUUUUUAAAAAACAAAACAAAAAAAAACCUUCAUGGACAAUGGAAAAUGCAGCACAAGUGAAGCUGGUUAUAAUCCCUAAACACAAAAAAAAAUAAUUGUGUGCUGCUGCUUUGUGUUUGUGUGGUUUGUUUACAUUGCCUGCUUUGUAUGAUGCUAUAUGUGCAAAUGAAGCUACAAACAAGAUGUCUAUGUUAGUGUGAGUGUGUAUGGUUGUGUGUAUAAGACAGAGUGAGUGUGUAUGGUUGUGUAUAAGACAGAGUGAGUGUGUAUGGUUGUGUAUAAGACAGAGUGAGUGUGUAUGGUUGUGUGUAUAAGACAGAGUGAGUGUGUAUGGUUGUGUGUAUAAGACAGAGUGAGUGUGUAUGGUUGUGUGUAUAAGACAGAGUGAGUGUGUAUGGUUGUGUAUAAGACAGAGUGAGUGUGUAUGGUUGUGUAUAAGACAAAGUGAGUGUGUAUGGUUGUGUAUAAGAGAGUGAGUGUGUAUGGUUGUGUAUAAGACAGAGUGAGUGUGUACGGUUGUGUGUAUAAGACAGAGUGAGUGUGUAUGGUUGUGUAUAAGACAGAGUGAGUGUGUAUGGUUGUGUAUAAGACAGAGUGAGUGUGUACGGUUGUGUGUAUAAGACAGAGUGAGUGUGUAUGGUUGUGUAUAAGACAGAGUGAGUGUGUAUGGUUGUGUGUAUAAGACAGAGUGAGUGUGUAUGGUUGUGUAUAAGACAGAGUGAGUGUGUAUGGUUGUGUAUAAGACAGAGUGAGUGUGUAUGGUUGUGUGUAUAAGACAGAGUGAGUGUGUAUGGUUGUGUAUAAGACAGAGUGAGUGUGUACGGUUGUGUGUAUAAGACAGAGUGAGUGUGUAUGGUUGUGUAUAAGACAAAGUGAGUGUGUAUGGUUGUGUAUAAGAGAGUGAGUGUGUAUGGUUGUGUAUAAGACAGAGUGAGUGUGUAUGGUUGUGUGUAUAAGACAGAGUGAGUGUGUAUGGUUGUGUAUAAGACAGAGUGAGUGUGUACGGUUGUGUGUAUAAGACAGAGUGAGUGUGUAUGGUUGUGUAUAAGACAGAGUGAGUGUGUACGGUUGUGUGUAUAAGACAGAGUGAGUGUGUAUGGUUGUGUAUAAGACAGAGUGAGUGUGUAUGGUUGUGUAUAAGACAGAGUGAGUGUGUAUGGUUGUGUAUAAGACAGAGUGAGUGUGUAUGGUUGUGUGUAUAAGACAGAGUGAGUGUGUAUGGUUGUGUGUAUAAGACAGAGUGAGUGUGUAUGGUUGUGUGUAUAAGACAGAGUGAGUGUGUAUGGUUGUGUGUAUAAGACAGAGUGAGUGUGUAUGGUUGUGUAUAAGACAGAGUGAGUGUGUAUGGUUGUGUGUAUAAGACAGAGUGAGUGUGUAUGGUUGUGUAUAAGACAGAGUGAGUGUGUAUGGUUGUGUAUAAGACAGAGUGAGUGUGUAUGGUUGUGUAUAAGACAGAGUGAGUGUGUACGGUUGUGUGUAUAAGACAGAGUGAGUGUGUAUGGUUGUGUAUAAGACAGAGUGAGUGUGUAUGGUUGUGUGUAUAAGACAGAGUGAGUGUGUAUGGUUGUGUGUAUAAGACAGAGUGAGUGUGUAUGGUUGUGUAUAAGACAGAGUGAGUGUGUAUGGUUGUGUAUAAGACAGAGUGAGUGUGUAUGGUUGUGUAUAAGACAGAGUGAGUGUGUAUGGUUGUGUAUAAGACAGAGUGAGUGUGUAUGGUUGUGUGUAUAAGACAGAGUGAGUGUGUAUGGUUGUGUGUAUAAGACAGAGUGAGUGUGUAUGGUUGUGUAUAAGACAGAGUGAGUGUGUAUGGUUGUGUAUAAGACAGAGUGAGUGUGUAUGGUUGUGUAUAAGACAGAGUGAGUGUGUAUGGUUGUGUAUAAGACAGAGUGAGUGUGUAUGGUUGUGUAUAAGACAGAGUGAGUGUGUAUGGUUGUGUGUAUAAGACAGAGUGAGUGUGUAUGGUUGUGUAUAAGACAGAGUGAGUGUGUAUGGUUGUGUAUAAGACAGAGUGAGUGUGUAUGGUUGUGUGUAUAAGACAGAGUGAGUGUGUAUGGUUGUGUAUAAGACAGAGUGAGUGUGUAUGGUUGUGUAUAAGACAGAGUGAGUGUGUAUGGUUGUGUAUAAGACAAAGUGAGUGUGUAUGGUUGUGUAUAAGAGAGUGAGUGUGUAUGGUUGUGUAUAAGACAGAGUGAGUGUGUAUGGUUGUGUGUAUAAGACAGAGUGAGUGUGUAUGGUUGUGUAUAAGACAGAGUGAGUGUGUAUGGUUGUGUAUAAGACAGAGUGAGUGUGUAUGGUUGUGUAUAAGACAGAGUGAGUGUGUAUGGUUGUGUAUAAG